CACGCCUAUUACGACUACGCGCACACGGAAAACGUACCGAACGCUCGGACGUUAGCGACGACGUACGCGCAAUUAACACGCCAAGCGCGGAGUUAGAGCCGUUCACUAACUCACGACGGCCGGACGAAUCGCGCAUUCAACAUGAAACUCCACCGGCCGUUGCACGUCUGUGCGUACCUGUUCGGCGUAUUUCCGGUGGGUUGGACCCCCGGCCCGCCGCCCCGACAGUUCCGGAUCCACUGGCCCGGCGUGGUGCUCAAGGCGUUCCACACAGCGCUUUACUGGCUGGUGUCGCUAAUCGUCAGCGUGGUGUCCAUCCGGAACCUGGAAAACUACCGGAAACUGGCCAAGAAGUUGAUGGCCACCCGGGUGCUGGACAUUGACGAGCUGUUCGUGUACAUGAUGUUCGCUGGGAUCGCGGCCACCGCCGUGUGCCAGGCCCACAUGCUGUGGCCGUCCGUCCUCCGCGCCACCAACGAGUGCUUCUUCGAUCUGUGCCGGCUGGACCACGUCACCGGUUUCUGGCAGCACUUCUCUGCGUACGCCAUCGUCCUAUUCGUUGCUUACGAAUUCGCCAUGUACUUCGUGUUAAUCACUUACAAGUUCACGUUCAGUUCGGCCAAACUGAUCUGUCUUUUCCCGCCGCUGUCGAACAUCACGUGCGUCGUCGUCGAGCAGUUUUUCUACCUGAUGUGCGUGUCGCUGUACCUCCGGCUCCGGGCGCUGCACGACGACAUCGAGACGCUCGUGCACAAGGCCGAGCACCCGCGGUGGAGGUGCUUGGCGUCCGUGGCCGCGGGCGACGGCGGCGGCGGCAGACCUGCGGCGGCGGCGGCCGGCCGGCUGGGGAUACCCGCGUUCAGCGCGGCCGACAUACGCGACCUGCGGGCCGUGCACCGCGCGUGCAUGGAACUGUUCGCCCGCAUCAACCGCCUGUUCCAGUUGCCGCUGUCGCUGUGCAUGUUCGACUGCGUGUUCCGCAUCGUCGUCUACAUGUACGGCAUCGCGUUCGACGUGACCAUCGUCAUAUGGGAGAAGAAGAAACACGUGAACUACUCGAACACCGCCAUGUGGUCGGGUUACUGCGUCAUCCGGAUCAUCCGGCUCUGGUACCUGUACCUGUGCGAACAUUACGUGACCAAAAAGAUUUUACCAAUACGUUUGUCACUUAGCUGGCUUUCGUUGAUUUUGAAUCCCGUUACAAGCCGGAGACUGAUGCCCGAGAUUAUUCUAUUUCAACAUCAACUUGAUACGAUUAAGUCCAAGUUUGAAUUAUUUGGUAUUUUAAACAUCAAUAUGUCAUUAUUUUAUGCCGGAUUUGGUACUACGUUAGCGUAUUUAGCGCUUUUACUACAGUUCUUUGCGUUUAAUCAGAUUUCAAUGACAACGAUUUCCACAAACAAUGCAACACACACAGACGAAUAAUUUAUUAUUAUUGAGCUGCGGCAAUUAUACGAUUAAAAACCAUCCAUUUACAUUUACGUAAUUACGUAAAGCUAUACGUUAAUAUCAAGUGUAAUUUAAUCUUCCGCUUCAUAGUUACAUAUAUAUAUAAUAUAUAUAGAACUAUACAUAUACAGCACAACUACUUUAAGCACAACGAAACAUGUGUAAUUUACUUUAAUACAUAGUAUUAUCUCAAACUGUACGUAACGAAAAAUAUAUAAAUAUAUUAUAAUAUAAUGUAUGACAAGAGGGUAAAAUAUAAUGGCAAUACAAGAUUAAUUCAACCAAAAACAGCUUUAAUAGUGAAUCAUUAAACAAAUACGGGAAUACAAUAAUUUAUUAAACUACUAAAUUAAUUGAUAAUAAUAUUAAAUUUAAAUUAACGAUGAGAAAAAAUGUAAAUGGGAUCAUUAUAAUUAUCAUAUCAUUAAUAUUUGUAUUAUUGUAGUUAGACUCUUUACUCUAAUCACAA